AGCCCCGCCGCCGCCAUGGGCCGGGUCCGGCCGGGCGAGCGCGGGCCUCCCGGCCCCGGCCCCGGCCCCGGCCCCGCCGCUCCACCGCCCGCGCCCCGCCGCGCCCGCGCCCUGGCGCUGCUCGGGGCCCUGGUCGCCGCCGCCGCCGCCGUUGCCGCCGCCCGGGCCUAUGCCCGCCACGCCGAGGCCCAGGCGGCCGCGCGGCAGGAGUCAGCACUGAAGUCCCUGGGGACAGAAGGCCUCUUUCUCUUUUCCUCCUUGGACACAGACCGGGAUUUGUACAUCAGCCCGGAGGAGUUCAAGCCCAUUGCUGAGAAGCUGACAGGCUCAGCUCCUGCUGCCAGCUAUGAGGAGGAGCUGCCCCUUGACCCCAGCGAGGAGACGCUCACCAUAGAAGCCCGAUUCCAGCCUCUGAUCCCGGAGUCCAUGACCAAGAGCAAAGAUGGGUUCCUGGGGGUCUCCCGCCUGGCCCUGUCCGGCCUCCGCAACUGGACGACUGCGGCCUUGCCGAGCGCGGUGUUUGCUGCCCGACACUUCCGGCCUUUCCUUCCUCCUCGGGGCCAAGUGGAGCUGGGGGAGCCGUGGUGGAUCAUCCCCAGUGAGCUGAGCGUCUUCACCGGCUAUUUAUCCAACAACCGCUUCUACCCACCACCGCCCAAGGGCAAAGAGGCCCAGGCCUGCAGGUCCAGAGCGGAAACUCACCUAGGGGAUCAGGACCCAACAAGCCGGCACGGGUCUCCACUGCCCUCCCCUCAGGUCAUCAUCCACCGGCUCCUGAGCAUGUUCCACCCUCGGCCCUUCGUGAAAACCCGCUUUGCCCCUCAGGGGGCUGUCGCCUGCCUGACCGCCAUCAGCGACUUCUACUACACCGUCAUGUUCCGGAUCCACGCCGAGUUCCAGCUCAGCGAGCCACCUGACUUCCCCUUCUGGUUCUCGCCGGGCCAGUUCACUGGCCACAUCAUCCUCUCCAAAGAUGCCACCCAUGUCCGAGACUUCCGGCUCUUCGUGCCCAACCACAGGUCUCUGAAUGUGGACAUGGAGUGGCUGUAUGGGGCCAGUGAGAACAGCAAUAUGGAGGUGGACAUUGGCUAUAUCCCCCAGAUGGAACUGGAGGCCGUGGGCCCGUCGGUGCCUUCUGUGAUCCUGGAUGAGGAUGGCAACGUGAUCGACAGCCGCCCACCCUCCGGGGAGCCCCUCCAGUUUGUCUUUGAGGAGAUCAAGUGGCAGCAGGAGCUGAGCUGGGAGGAGGCUGCCCGGCGCCUAGAAGUGGCCAUGUACCCCUUCAAGAAGGUCGCCUAUCUGCCAUUCACCGAGGCCUUCGACCAAGCCAAGGCCAAGAACAAGCUGGUGCACUCAAUUCUGCUGUGGGGGGCCCUGGAUGACCAGUCCUGCUGAGGUUCAGGGCGGACUCUCCGGGAGACUGUCCUGGAAAGUUCGCCCAUCCUCGCCCUCCUUAAUGAGAGCUUCAUCAGCACUUGGUCCCUGGUGAGGGAGUUGGAAGACAUGCAGAACAACCAGGAGAACCCGUCCCACAAGAAGCUCGCAGACUUGCACCUGGAGAAGUAUAGCUUCCCCGUGGAGAUGAUGAUCUGCCUGCCCAAUGGCACCGUGGUCCACCACAUCAAUGCCAACUACUUCUUGGACAUCACCUCCAUGAAGCCUGAGGAUAUUGAGAACAACGUCUUCAGCUUCCCGUCCACCUUUGAAGACCCGUCCACGGCCACCUACGUGCAGUUCCUGAAGGAAGGCCUUCGGCGCGGCCUGCCCCUCCUCCAGCCCUAGUGUGGCCUCAGACCAUGAGAGGCCAGGCUGGACGGGGUGGGGGGGAGCCGAGGCGAAGGCCUCCAACACUGAAGACAGGCCCCUCGGGCUCAGAGCCGGCGGUCCUGGCACAUUUCAGACUUCGGGCACCCCCACCCCGCCACUCCCAGGCUGCCUGUGCGGUCGGAGGUCAGUGAAGGGUCAGACAAGGGGGUGCCUGGGGUGACCGGACGGAUGAACCUCUGACUCCAGCUGCCACUAUUAGCCCUUUACCACCCACGUGGUUCCAGAAGCUGCUCAGGACACCAGAAACGGGACCUCAGGUCAUCUCCCUGGACCUCACCCACUCAGGCACGAAGCCCAGGUCCUUGUGGGGUGAAGAUCCAGGAGGCGUGGUGCCAGGAAGACAGGGCGCCCCUCUCUCCUUACAUUCGCCGCGCCCCUCCCCCGAAAGAAACGUUAAGAAGGCCCGGACUGGGGGCUGGGGAGGGGUUGCCAGGGAAGCACUCUUGUUUGUCUGGAGCCUUCUUCCUGGCUGCCCUCCUACACCUGGUGUCCCCAGGGGCGUCAGUUUUAGCUGGAGACAGCCUUCUGGAGGCUCAGGGAAAAACCCUCCAGAAGAAGUCACUGUACCCCAGACCACAGCUCUCCAGACCACUCAAUCCAACCUAACGAUAGGACCCCAACCCCUGAUUUGGGACUUGCUGGAAGCCAGCUGCUUGGGGAGGUUCACUGUGAAGUAGGCUUCUGCUCUUAGCAAGGGAGUCCACUGAGGAGUUUCCGAGGCCCAGGGCCAAGCGCCCCCACCUCCUACCCAGCAAGGGUCACAGUAGGACCACUGGAGCCAGCCCCCUGCCCCUCAGGCCCCAGCUCCACAGAAGUGUAGCUCAGCCAAA